GCGUGGCAGAGCUUCGGGCUCAAAAGCCGCGGAAAAGCCGACAGCACAGCGUGGAUGUACUGCAGACCCUGUGGUGCCUCUACGAGGAGGAUGGGAGCAGAGGCACUUUCCUGGGCUACUGGGUCACCAUCAUUCCGGGGCAGCUGAAAGGCCCUUUCGCCCACGACGACCUGAGUGCCCUUAGGGACUAUGCCAGCAACAGUACCUGCCUGUGCUUGGGAAAGGGCUGGCUGAUUUGGAUGCUGCCGCACUUCUCCGUGUACCUCACGGGCUUCUCCUUCUGCAGUGCGAUGUUGGGGAGCGUUCACUUCCAGAUCUUGUGCUCCAACGAUGGCUGCAACUGGCACGUGGCGCUGGCCUCAAACAGAGAGGAAAAGGAAGGCAGAUGUCCUCAGCUGUGGAUUCCGUUGAUCUGGGUUAGCGGCUUCUGCUUCAGCUUAGGCAUCCGACAGGGCGCUUGGGUUCAGGGCGUGGGCUGGGAGUUACCAGGAUCUGACUUCUCUCAGUGGCGUGCUGGCUGCGUGCUCGGCAAUAGCGGCGGCAAUUUUACGGUCAUUGUAGAAGAGCGUUCGGCAGACAUGCUCGAGAGUUCAAUCGAAAUUGAGGCGAGUGUGAAGCGCACAGAGUUCAAAGUGUGGUCUGUUUUGCUUGCCCGGUGGUCUCCUGUCUUUGAGAGGAUGGUAGGAUCGGACAACUGCGUCGAGUCGCAGAGGGCGGAGGUCGUCAUUGAAGACUUCUCGGCUUGUGCUGUCGAGAUCUUCCUGCGCUUCUUGUACUCUGGGAGCGUCAGGGGCUCCAUCGCUGCUUUGGUGGAGGUGGCUGCCAUAGCAGACAAGUAUCAGGUAGAGGCAUUACCUCCUUUGUGCUUGCGUCUUGUGCGGAAGGCGCUCACACCUGAGGUAGCUUGCGAGGUCUUUGCUAUAGCAGACUGCUUUCACGUGGCUCAGAUGCGAGCAGAGGCACUCGAUUGCAUCUUCACCAACCCUGAAGAAGCACUGAAAGAGCGUCCGGCACUCCGAAUGGAACUCUUGGAGGAGAUCUUGGGCUCAGGCCUGCUGUGCAUAUCAGGAGAUGUUCUCAAAGAGAUGCUUCGACGCUGGGGCACCGACGACACGGACUCCCUGGCAUCAAUGGUCAAUGUCCGAACACAGGGUGAGCAUACGAGCGAUGUGCUGCACGCGCUCUGGGAGCGCUACAUAAAGGCCGGGAGGAAGGGCCUUUUUGUGGGCUCUUGGGUGGCGGUGAUCCUGGAGCCGGGGGCGGCCUUCCCCCGAGAAAAUCUCGAAGGCCUCGCCUCGAAUUCUCUCCGACUUACCCUCCGAAAAGGGUGGCUGCAGUGGCGGCUGCCCCAUGCCUCAGUUCAUCUUCAGGGGUUUUCCUUCACUUUGGGAGGAAACAUCUCGGCCGCGACAUUCUUCCGGAUCUGGUGCUCCGAAGACGGCGCGACCUGGCACCUCGCUUACGAGUCGGAGAAGAAGGAGAUCAAAGGUGGCACUUUCCUGGCCUGCAAGAGGCCUCUGGGCUUGGUGACGUAUUUCAAGCUGGAAGUCCUGGAGGGGGAGCUUGCCGACUUUUACUUCAACAUCCGUGGCAUUUUGCAGACGUCCGUCUGA